AUGAGCCAGGCCGAGCUGUCCACCUGCUCAGCGCCGCAGUCGCAACGGAUCUUUCAGGAGGCCGUGCGCAAGGGCAACACGCAGGAGCUGCAGUCGCUGCUGCAGAAUAUGACGAACUGCGAGUUCAACGUGAACUCGUUCGGGCCCGAGGGCCAGACGGCUCUGCACCAGUCAGUCAUCGAUGGUAACCUGGAACUCGUGAAGCUGCUGGUUAAGUUCGGCGCCGACAUCCGCCUGGCCAACCGCGACGGCUGGAGCGCGCUGCACAUCGCCGCGUUCGGCGGCCACCAGGACAUCGUGCUGUAUCUCAUCACCAAGGCCAAGUACGCGGCCAGCGGCCGGUGA